AUGCCUAUUAUUGAACGCUACCGUCGUCUGUCAUUUUUUCCCUUGUUUUGUGCAUCUAUACUAACGAGGUCAAUAAAAAAGACAGUCCUGGUAGCCGCCUCAUCGUCGCCUUUGCCUUGGCCAUCGUCUUAUCGCCGUCUUCGCCUUUGCCUUGGCCAUCGUCUCAUCGCCGUCUUCGCCUUUGCCAUCUCCAGCGUCUCAUCGCCGUCUUCACCUUUGCCUUCUCCAUCAUCUCAUCGCCGUCUUCGCUUUUGCCUUCUCCAUCCUCUCAUCGCCGUUUUCGCCAUUGCCGCCGUCUUCGCCUUUACCUUCGCCAUUGCCCUAUCGCCGUCUUCGCAUUCGCCCUUCACGGAAAAGUCCAUCGAAAAAGGAUGCAGCUUAGCAGACAGCCCACGGCGAUGGAAGGAGUUCAUCGUGGAUCGUCGGCUUGGUAUUAUUUUGUUUUGUAUUUGUAUUGUUAUGUGUAAGUUAACCCGUUGGCUGCCACCCCGUUUGCGUCCCAUUUUUUUUGUAGCUUGUAGGGACCGGGCGCUGUUCUGCCCCAUGGCCAUGGGGGGAACAGUCGCCGCGCCUUUUGGCGCCGUAGGCAAUGCACCAGUAGGGACUUCUCUUUGUCGGCGCGGUGAUAGAUUUCCAGGGGUGUGCAUUCCCGGAAUGGUUUCUAUCACCGUGCCAGCCCGGACUUGUCUUCGGACAAGUCCCAUCUUGUUCGCGAUCCUUCUGACGUGAUGCGUAGCAAUAGUAGUUUAAGCAACCUACGGGUUGCAUGGCCUGGCAGCCAACGGGUUAACUUGUUAAUUGUAUAUUUAUGUAUAUUUGUAUGUGUUUAUAUGUAUGUAAUAAUGUAUGUAAUGUAAAUUAUGUAAAAUAGUGGCGGAAUUGU